UAGACAAAACGAGACAUUUGAGGAUGUAACCUGUGGGUUUGGUGAUCAACAUUUUUCACCAUUUUCAGACAUUUUAUGGACCAAACAACUAAUCGAUUAACUGAGAAAACAACUGGCAGUAAUCGAUAAUGAAACUAUCAGGGAUGCACCGAUUAUAUCAGCUUUGUUUACUGACGUCGGUAAAUAAGAUGACAUUCACUGAUAUCAGUGGUCUGUGUCUCACAUCAUGAACGAGAAGAAAAAGAAACUGAGCUGCAACAACGCAGCUUAUCUUUAAUUUCUUUGUUUCCAGCCACAACAGGACGAAUAAAUAACAACAAAAACACAUCUGCAACAGCCAAAUUAUUCUUUUAAACAUCAGUAUUGUCACAGAAUUUAGGCGCCUCCCUAGAAAAAAACAGUGAGCUGCAGCCUAAUAACCAAAGUCCCAGAGAAGUAUGAAGACAGUAUAAAGACAGAAUAAAGACAGAGUAAAGACAGAAUAAAGACAGAAUAAAGACAGAAUAAAGACCAGAGUGAUGUUAAAGUACUGACGUGUUGUUUUUCCCCUCACAGGCUCCAUGAAAUGGCCAACGGAGAGCUGAAGGACAUGGAAUACUUCUUUUAUGACCUCCCCAAUCCGUACAUUGCGUUUGAUUCUGAGGCCUAUAAAACCAGCGUUGUGGGUCUUUUUAUGAGGCACAUGUUUCUGGCCUACGACAAGCUGUCUUUCAGUCAGGUGUACAAGCUGUACAAGUCCCUGCAGCAGUACUACCACAGCCACUACGCCAAGCCCAGCGACGGGCAGGUGGGUCUGCCGGCGCUGGUCGCUGACGACUCCGACAUGGACCUCACCAACCCGGAGGACGCCGUCGGGGACAGAAUAGACAAAGAGGAGCUGGACACCCCGUUGCACGAGUCCGAGCUGAGAAACGACAACGCUCCCAGCAGAGGUCCCCUGUCACAAAAACAAGCAGAGUACUUUCUCGCAAGACAGGCUUAUCUCCUGAAGAACGACGAGAACAAAGCUCUAAAGCCUGCCGCGCUGCAGGAGGAGCUCAACAACAUGCUGAAGUUUAACCCAGAUUUUGCUGAAGCGCAUUACCUCAACUACCUGAACAGCAUGAGAGUCCAGGACAUCUUCCUCUCCGCCCACAGCCUCUUACAUUAUUUCGACCGCCUCAUCUUGUCUGGAAACGAGGGAAAGAGCAACGGGGACGAAGGCUACGGCCGGAGCCUCCGCUACGCUGCCCUCAACCUGGCAAGCCUGCACUGCCGCUUCGGCCACUAUCAGCAGGCCGAUCUGGCUCUGCAGGAGGCCAUCCGCAUUGCCCAGGAGUCCAAUGAUCACGUGUGCUUGCAGCACUGUCUGAGUUGGCUCUACACGCUGGAACAGACGAGGGGAUCUGACAGCACGGUGUUAACUGAGGACUCGGUGAAAAUGGCUGCCCACUUCUGCCUGCCAUACUUGGCGUCUCUGGGCAUUCAGUCUCUAGUCCAGCAGGGGGCGACGCAGGGUAAGACGGCCCACAAGCUGAUGGACGCGCUGAAGGACACAGACAUCCUGCACUGGAAGCACAGUCUGUCGGAGCUGAUCGAGAUCAGCCUGGCUCAGACUACGUCCAUAUGGAGGAUGUACGGCAAGAGGUCAGGCUCUCCAGCUCGCCACCGCCAGCCGACACAUGGCGUUCAGCUCCGCUCACUGUUUCUGACAGCAGACACCAGCUGGGCCCUGCUGCAGAGCCAGUGGUGCUGCACGGCGCCACCAGGAAUCCACAGAAAGGACUAA